AUGGCGGGCGGCCAGGAGUUUCAGGCUCUUCUCCAGGGACUUAUCAGCAGCGACAAUGAUCUCCGUACCCAGUCCGAGCAAUUGUAUGAAAAUGUCUCAGCGCCAGAGAAGCUGUUGUACCUGGUGCAGGCCAUCAGGAACUCUGACAUUCCUGAGGAACAACGUGUGUUGGCAGCGGUACUUCUCCGUAGAUUAUUCACAACCAACUUUGAGACGCUAUGGCAACAGAUCACGCCGGACAUUCAGGCGGGAGUCAAGCAGGAGCUGAUGACGGCCAUACACCAGGAGACUGUGGCCUCCGUCCGGAAGAAAAUCUGUGAUAUUUUUGCUGAACUCGCCAGGAAUAUGAUUGAUGAUGACAACAAUAUGCAAUGGCCUGAAGCCUUGAAGUUCCUCUUUGAAUGUGCCAGCUCAGAAAAUCCAGUCCUCAAGGAGAGCGCCCUGCACAUACUGAGUGCUGUCCCAGGCAUCUUUGGCAACCAGCAGGCACAGUACUUGGAUGUGGUGAAACAGAUGUUGGGGGUGGCCUUGAUGGACAGAAGUCACCCACAGGUUUGUUUUGAAGCUGUCAAGGCUACUACAGCGUUUAUAGUUAACAAUGAGAAGGAACCGGCGGUUCAUAACCACAUGAAGGAACUGUUGCCGUUAUUGAUUCAGAGAAUCGCCGACAGUGUGACAGCUCAGGAAGACGACAGUUUACUCAAGUGUCUCAUCGAGCUCUCAGAAAAUGUGCCCAAAUUCCUUCGCAGUCAGCUGGAGAAUGUCUUUGAGCUGUGUCUCAGGAUUGUCUCAGACAGCAACUUGGAAGACACCUGGAGACAGUUGGCCCUAGAGGUGAUCGUAACAAUGUCAGAGACCGCCCCUGCCAUGGUCCGCAAGUUUGCCAAGUUUAUCCCGCUGCUUGUACAGCAGAUCCUGGCUCUAAUGGUUGACCUGGAAGAUGACCCAGACUGGUCCAUCCAGGACAGUGAAGAUGACGAGGACACAGAUUCGAACCCUAUUGCUGGAGAGGCCGCUCUAGACCGACUGGCGUGUGCACUCGGAGGCAAGACUAUGUUACCUUACAUUGUGUCCAAUAUCUCACAGAUGCUUCAACAAGCUGACUGGAAGUACCGCUACGCUGGGCUGAUGGCCGUAUCCGCUUGUGGUGAGGGCUGUCACACCCACAUGGAACAGAUGCUGGGCAACAUCGUGGAUGCUGUGCUUCCAUUUGCUGCAGAUCCACAUCCACGGGUUCGGUAUGCUGCUUGUAAUGCUCUUGGCCAGCUUUGUACAGACUUCGGGCCCAAUUGUCAGAAGAAGUUUCAUAAUAAGCAUCUAGAGAAAGGCAACAAGCUAGUUCUGGAGCAGGUUAUCACAACUCUGGCUUCUGUGGCAGACACGGCACAAGACAAGUUCCUCCAGUACUACGACAGGUUCAUGCCGUGCCUCAAGUACAUCAUGCAGCAUGUCCAGAACCCGGAACAUCGUCUGCUGCGGGGCAAGACCAUCGAGUGCAUCAGUCUCAUCGGCCUGGCCGUGGGCAAGGAGAAGUUCAUGCAGGACUGCAACGAUGUCAUGCAGCUGCUCUUGAAGACACAGACAGACCAGGAUGAUCUGGCUGAUGAUGACCCUCAGAUCACCUACAUGAUCUCCGCUUGGGCCCGCAUGUGCAAGAUCCUGGGCAAGGAGUUCCAGCAGUACCUGCCCCUGGUGAUGGGGCCUGUACUCAAGGCUGCCUCACUGAAACCUGAGGUGGCUCUGGUGGAUAGUGAAGACAUGAAAGAUCUAGAGAAUAACUCCGACUGGCAGUUUGUGACUCUUGGUGACCAGCAGAGCUUUGGGAUAUGCACCGCAGGGCUGGAGGAGAAGGCCACAGCCUGCCAGAUGCUGGUCUGUUACGCCAGGGAGUUGAAGGAAGGAUUUGCUGCUUAUUCCGAGGAUGUUGUCAAGAUCAUGGUGCCAUUGCUGAAGUUCUACUUCAACGACAGUGUCAGAAUCGCAGCCACAGAGAGCCUGCCCUACCUACUGGAGUGCGCUAAAAUCCGCGGGGAGGAGUACGUGGCCAACAUGUGGGGAACCUACAUAUGUCCUAACCUGCUCAAGGCCAUAGAGAUCGAACCAGAACAGUCUGUGCUACCAGAAUAUUUGGCCUCGUUUGCACGGAUUGUUGAAGAGUCCUUGUUAGAUGAGGAUGACGAGGACGCCUACGUGUUGAGCAAAGUUGCAGAUAUUAUCCACGCCUUUUUUGGCACCCACAAGGAGUCUUUUCUGCCCAUCUUUGAGCAGAUCAUGCCCUACUUCGUCAAAUUGUUGUUGCCAGACAGACCCUGGUCAGACAGACAGUGGGCACUGUGUGUAUGGGAUGAUGUCAUCGAGCAUACCGGGCCUUUGUCCUACAAAUACGUGGAGUUCUUCCUCCAACACAUGAUUGAGGCAAUCACAGACAAGACCCCAGAGAUUCGACAGGCUGCCGCAUAUGGUAUUGGAGUUAUUGGCCAGUUUGGUGGGGAAGUUUACGCAGACGUACUUACUGAGUGUGUGUCCAGGUUGGUCAGCGUCAUUGAACACGAGGACUCCAAGUCUGUGGAGAACGCCCCGGCAACAGACAACGCCAUUGCAGCGGUGGUGAAAAUAUGUCAGUACAACGGGUCAAAGGUUAACGUCGAUGAGUUGCUGACUCGGCUGGUGACCUGGCUACCUAUACUGAGUGAUGAGGAGGAGGCUAUUCAUGUGUACACUUACUUCUGUGAUCUCUUGGACAAAAACCAUCCUGGCAUAAUGGGAGAACAUGCGUCCAAUCUGCCCAAGGUGAUCAGCAUCGUCGGGGAGACGCUGCAUCGAGAGCUGAUCCAGGAGGACACGGAGCUCUACCGGCGCCUGGUUAACAUUGUCAAACAAGUUCAGUCAAAUCCGGAUGCAUUUCAAGUGUGUGUGGCCCAGUUGACCGAGCAGCAGCGACAGGCAUUGAGUGAAGCUUUAGCAUAA